UUGUACAGUUUAUACUUUAUCCUCGUCAGGAGUUGAGAAAGAUGCCCUUUAUUAUACUCCUUGACGACGCGUUCCCUUAGAAAGUUUCCUAAUUACAACUCACUCUUAGAACGUCCACCGCCAAUUUCGGAUUUCAUUCUCUCUCUCUCUCUCUCUCUCUCUCUCUCUAAUCUUCUCCGAUCAAAACAACAAAAGGCAAAAAACAUUCUCUGUAAAUCAUAGUCCAAGCUAGGUCCGGUCUUUUUGUUUUGUUUUUCUGUUUGGCAAUCACUCGCUCGACCCCAAGAGCGCUACGUUUACUUGUUGAUAAUAUUCUGAUCGAAUUUUAGAUUCGAUCUCUGGCCCUUUUCUCAUGCCAGAGAUCGAGUAUGUUACCGAGACCACCCACAAAAAUGCCCUGUUCGGAAAAUACGAGGUGGGCAAGCUCCUCGGGUGCGGAGCAUUCGCCAAAGUCUACCACGCGCGCAAUGUCCAGACCGGGCAGAGCGUGGCCGUGAAGGUCAUCAGCAAGAAGAAGAUCUCUGCCUCCGGCACCGGCAACCUGAUGUCCAACAUCAAGCGCGAGAUUUCCAUUAUGCGCAGGCUCAACCACCGCCACAUCGUGAAGCUCCACGAAGUCCUCGCCACAAAGACCAAGAUCUACUUCGUCAUGGAAUUCGUCAAGGGCGGCGAGCUCUUCGCCAAGGUCGCCAAGGCCCGCUUCAGCGAAGAUCUCAGCCGCAGGUACUUCCAGCAACUUAUCUCCGCCGUCGGGUACUGCCACUCACGCGGGGUCUUCCACCGCGACCUGAAGCCAGAGAAUCUCCUUGUCGACGAGAACGGUAACCUCAAAGUCUCGGACUUCGGGCUCAGCGCCGUGACAGACCAGAUCCGACACGACGGGCUGUUGCACACUCUGUGCGGUACACCGGCAUACGUGGCGCCGGAGAUCCUAACGAAGAAAGGCUAUGACGGUGCCAAGGUGGACGUAUGGUCAUGCGGCGUGGUACUUUACGUUCUAAACGCUGGUUACUUGCCAUUCAACGACCCGAACCUCAUGUCCAUGUACAAGAAGAUUUACAAGGGAGAGUAUCGGUGCCCGAAGUGGUUUUCUCCUGAACUCAAACGGUUCUUGUCUCGGCUUCUCGACACGAACCCAGAGACGAGGAUCACCGUUGAUGAAAUCCUGAGAGACCCCUGGUUCAGGAAGGGUUACAAGGAGGUGAAUUUCUACGAGGAAGAAUACAAGGUCGAGAAAGAGGGGGAGCCCACGGUUAAACAGUUGAAUGCCUUCGAUCUCAUAUCCUUCUCGUCCGGUUUGAACCUGUCCGGCUUGUUCGAGGACUCGUGCAACCCGGCGGACGACGGAGAGAGAUUCAUAUCGGCCGAGCCGCCGGAGAAGAUCGUCGAGAAAGUCGAGGAAUUCGCUAAAGCCAACGAGAAUAACUCGAGGGUGAGGUGGAAGAAGGAAUGGGGCGUGGAACUGGAAGGGCGGAACGGUAACGUCGCCAUCGGGGUGGAUGUUUACCAAUUAACGGACGGUCUGGUAGUGGUGGAGGCUAAGAGGAAAGGUGGGGACGCCGGUUCCUACAAAGACAUGUGGAAGAACAAGCUGAGGCCUCUGCUAAUCAGUGGCCAAACGUCUCAACCAUGAACUCAAAAUUGAAAAUUGAAAAAAAAAAAAAAAAAGCCAAAAAUGCAAAAGUGGUUGAAAAAAAAAAAAAAUCAGUUGGUGGUGUGCUGUUGUUGUUAAACAUAAUUAUAAUACCAGAGGAAUGCUUAUUAUUAUGGUCUAUGUGAUGUUUGUUUCUUGUUUGCUCGUGAAUUUGUGCUUUGGAAUAAAGAUGGCCAAGGGUAAAGGGCGUUUCCUUUA